AUGUUCAACUCAAGCUUCAGAGUGAUCUCCCCUUCAAACUGAAACGACCGGUUGCCAAAGACAACGCACGAGCACAAGUUACUGAAGCUGUAUUAAAUCAGCGAUAGAAAUAUCCAUCAUGAGGUUCCUGGACAUCAAUAACUACCGUCUUCCUGCUUUAAGGACCAAAACCGUUGCUGCCAAGGGUGUGCUGGGGAUGUCCAGGUCUAGUCAACGACAUGUGUUUGAAUCGGGACGAGUCUUGAUGUACAUUUCCUUCGUUCUGUUUGCUUCCAGCUUUGCGUCUUCUGUUUGGGUGAGACGAAAUCUCGUCGAUUCUUACGAACAAAUAAAUACAAACGUACGAGACAAUGAACUCAUCACUUACGGAGUAUGGCGCGUCUGUGACAAGAACGGGGAGUGUGACUUUGUGACAAAGAUCCACAAUGUCAAUAUAGCUUCGGCACUAACGGUGCAGUCGCUAGUGACGAUGGCGUUGCUAGGAUACGGAAUGUCCAUUAUUCUGGAGCUGAGUUCCCAUGCAAGUUUGUUCUCGGCUCUGGCUGAAAACAGGGCACCGGAGUUCGUCUUUGCACUCUCAGCUGUGAUUCACUUCAUGAGUCUCGUGGUGUUCACUGGAGAGAUUAAGAACCGAGCCGAGAGGACGCUGGGAUCCGUGGACGUUGCUGGCUGGGCUUUUGUGGCGUCAACCACUGGGGUCUUCUGUGCAGUCCUUGCUUCCUGCAUCAUGGCGCUGUUCCGCUGUCUCCCCAUCCGCCGCAAGCGCCGCCGCUUCUGGAAGCUUCCUCAAGAGCUGCGGACACGCCCAAUCCUCAAAGUCCUCAACAAGGCGGUGGCGGAAAAGGACAACGUGACCUCAACCUCGCCGAUACGGAUGAGUGAGCCGCCCCGGGCCAACUAGGUCUGUGCUUCAUGUUGAUGGAAUUCACUUUGUUUAUUGUUGUUGUGUACGCACUGAAGCGAACUCUGUGCACGUGGCUCAGUGGGCGUUGUCAGUGGCUGUGCGGGCGUCGCGGAAUUUAUUUAUCGUGUGUUGACAUCGCUGAUUGGCUGCUUCGCUGCAUGACGUAGGAGCGAUGACGUCAAUAUGAAGAGAAAGAAAUAAUGCACGCACGCAUAGCCUCCCUCUCUCUCCCCCACCCUCUGUCUCUCACAGACACACAUCGUCUCUCUCUCUCUCCUCUCACACAGACAUAGCAUCUCUGUCUCUCACUUACACUAUCUCACAUCUCUCUUUUUCACACACACACAUACAUAAACACAGUUUCUUUUCUUCUCUCUCUCCUCUUUCUCUUACCCUCACACUCAGUCUC